AAUAUUGUUUGUACGGGAACAAAUUCUCCGACGUAUGUCAAAUAAAAUGUUAAGGUUUCUGUCACGACGUAGGGCUCGUAGUGUCAGCGGACAGACUACGUCAUCCCAAAUAAAAAACCAGCGAUUGCUCAGCAAUAAAAAUGUUGUUCAGUGUAGGGUCGUUUUGCUCGAUGGCACGGAUCUGCCCAUAGAGUUGUCAAAAAAAGCAUUGGCUAGUGACUUGUAUGAGCAAGUAUUUUAUAGUUUAGAUUUAAUAGAGAAAGAUUAUUUUGGAUUGCAAUAUACGGAUAGUAAUAAUGUCCAGCAUUGGCUGGAUCCUACUAAACCCAUAAAGAAACAAGUGAAAAUUGGACCACCAUAUACUUUACGACUCAAGGUGAAGUUUUAUUCAUCAGAACCUAAUACUUUACGUGAAGAAUUAACAAGAUACCAGUUUUUCUUACAAUUGAAGCAAGAUGUUUUGGAUGGAAAGCUUCAUUGUCCUCAUCAAGUUGCUAUUCAAUUGGCUGCUUUAGCUCUCCAAUCUGAACUUGGUGAUUAUGAUCAUGCCAUACAUAGUGCAGCAACAGUGUCAGAAUUUAGAUUUGUACCAGGUCAAACAGAACAGAUGGAGCUUGAAAUACUUGAAGAAUAUGCCAGGUGCUGUGGUCUUAGUCCAGCUCAAGCUGAAUCUGCCUAUCUUAGUAAAGCUAAAUGGUUGGAUAUGUAUGGUGUAGAUAUGCAUACUGUUCUUGGGAAGGAUGCAUGUGAAUAUUCUUUGGGAUUAACACCAACUGGAAUCUUGGUCUUUGAGGGCACACAAAAAAUAGGUUUAUUUUUUUGGCCAAAAAUUGGUCGUCUAGAUUUCAAGAAAAAGAAAUUAACAUUAGUUGUAGUGGAAGAAGAUGAUGAAGGAAGAGGAGAACAGGAACAUACAUUUGUAUUCAGACUUGUAAAUGAAAAGGCUUGCAAACAUUUAUGGAAGUGUGCUGUGGAACAUCAUGCCUUUUUCCGAUUGCGCGCACCCGUUAAAGGUGCUAGUGGACGUCAAAAUUUUUUCCGCAUGGGCUCGCGUUUUCGUUACAGUGGUAAAACGGAAUUUCAAACCACUCAGCUAAAUCGAGCACGUAGAACAGUACAGUUUGAAAGGCGUCCAAGUCAAAGAUACGCGCGUCGUCAGAGUCAUGUUUUAAGGGAACGUCAACGUCAACAAGUAGAACAGCCACAACAACCACCUCCAGUGGUUACCAGUGAAGAGGAACCUCUACAACGACAAUCAAGUCAGUGUAGUACAAAAUCAUCCGAUUCUAGCGUACGCGGUACAUCUUCACCUUUGGUAGAUUCUUUACUAAAAUCGCUUGCUAAAGAUCAACAACCUUUGGAGCCUAGAAAUCAAACGACAAUCGGUACCACCGAGAAAGAAUCAGAACCAGUGAAGACAAGUUUGAUUAUUGAUAACAUGGCUAAUCAAACGCCAUUGGUACCAAACAAUCAAGUAGGCGGUACAUCUUCGCUACCUCCCCGUACACCUAUUCCUCCGGAAUCAUUGAAAUGUAAUAUAUUGAAAGCAAAGUCCCUGGAACAAGGCAAAAAUUCAAAUUUGGUUUCAAUUACUUCUAUGGAUGCACCUACAGUUAUUACCAAGAAUAAUCAACAUUCUGAUGCAGCUACAAUUGUAUCAGUGGGUGGAGACAAAUUGACACUGUCUGUGAGUGGAGCUACCAUGAUGAACCCGUCUGCGGAUGAUACCGUGACCGUAACACAUUUUUCUCUAGACAGCUGGGGUCAAAUUGAACAAAAAACUACACAGCUGAAUCCUAAAGUUUCGAAUCAAUCACAGAAUCCAUUUAAUCCGUUCACUAGUGAUACCAGCAACGAGGUCACUACAAAUAUCUCUGAAAGCACAGGGGAGGAUACAAAAACGGAAGAGGAGAAGAAAACGAACACAAACCCGUUUAUAGAUUCGAAUCCAUUUUUGGGCUUGCUUAAUCCUUUUAAAGACGUGCAGCCUGCAGUUGAAAAGAAAGUUGAACCGGAAACAGAGAAAAACGGUGCAAGGGUCGUGAAAACAGAAGAGAUACAAACUACUACUACGACUCUUACUCACAAGGACGACAAUUCAGCAGUUUCUGAUAUCAGUCCUUGGUUAGUGGCUGAUCCAUUACAAACGUCGACAACAGAUCAAACUCCAAUUAAACAUACUGUAAUUACGAGGAAGACAGUAAUUACAACGCAACUCUAG